CUUUCAUAAAGUAAUCGAUUUCUGUGUAGCAACUAUAUUUGGGAAACUUGAUAUUAUCCAACAGCAAGCUGUCAACUGCAGUCAGCUGUCACCAUCUAGUGUUGUGAAUGAACACUUGUCUUGUAGUUGUAUUUGCCUCUGAAACACUAUUUCAACAUGGCAGAAAAGCCCCUAAAAGUGGGCCAACGAGUCAGUGUGCAGGAUAGAGGUUGUGGUUCAGUUGCGUAUGUAGGAUCCACCUUGUUUGCUGCAGGGAAAUGGAUAGGUGUCAUUCUUGAUGAACCUAAAGGUAAAAACAAUGGAUCUGUGCAAGGAAAAGAAUAUUUUAAGUGUGGAGAUAACUAUGGAGCAUUUGUUCGUCAAACGCAGCUUGCUCUCUUGGAUGAGGCAGGCAAUCCCAUACCCUCAGACUCCGCAAGAUCAAGUCCCACUCCGUCAGAAGAUAAGAAUCGCUCAAGACUCAGCAAUUUGAGAAAAAAAAAUGAACCCACCAGUGUUCGACGGAAAUCUUCUCCUGCACAAGCCUCUAGAGCUGCUACCGAAAUUAAAAUAGAGAAAUUCAGCUCACGCCUGUCCCUCAUUGGAUCAAGAAGUCCUUCUGAUCUUGGUGCACCUUCAGCAUCCACCACAAAACUGGCAUCAACACCAAGACAAUCAACAGAAAAUUUAAGUGCUAAGAGAACACCACGACAAUCCACAGAAAAUUUAAGUGCGAAGAGAGCAUCAUUUGUUGAGCCAGGAAAAGCGUCUGUAAGUUCUAAGCAGGGUUCAGGUAUCCCUUCUUUAGCCUCGAGCAAGCCAUCCAAGCUUGCACCUCCAUCAAACUUCAGGCAAAGCACAUCGCCAACCUCAAGUGCCUCCACCCCAAAACGACCGCAGAGUAUUCCAGUCCCUCAAUCUAGCACAAGUGCAGACCAAACUGGUUUUGUGGAAACACUUAAGCCUCAGUUCACUCCUGGACUAGUCCUUGCAUCACCAGGAGCUGGUUUGAACAGCAGUAUUCUGUCACCACCAUCUGCAGCUCAAGGUAGCCCUGGAGGGGGUGGUGAUGUUGGGGAGCGUUUGAGCCAUUUGCAGUUGCAGCAGGAAAAUGAUUCUCUGAAGGCCCAAGUUCGUGACCUUACGGAAAAACUGGAUACUAUCAAAGCAAAGCGUCUUCAAGACAAAGAACAACUACGUGAUUUUGAAAAAACCAAGCUUCAGCUUGAAAGUAUGCUAGAGUUUAAAAAUCGUAUCAUGGAGUCCCAAGCACAUUUGCAGAGAGAUCUCCAACGAGCUCGUCUAGAGGCUCGUGAAGCUGUAGAAGCUAAAGAUGCUCAUGCUGAAGAAAUGUCAGAGUUAGCUGAAUCAAUGGAGAUGGCUACACUUGAUAAAGAAAUGGCUGAGGAAAAAGCAGAGACAUUGCAGGUAGAGUUGGAUCAAGCCAAAGAGAAGAUUGAGGAGUUGACUGUUGACCUGGAACUUCUAAAGGCCCAAAUGUCUGAGACUGAGAGUGGCGGUUCAGGAACAGGCGAUUUGUCGUCAUCAACAGUAUUCAAAGUGAAGCAGCUAGAACAGCAAAAUGCACGCCUUCAUGAAACCAUUGUGAGGUUCCGAGAUAUAUCUGCCCAUGACAAGCAUGAGUUUCAGAAAUUACAGAAAGAUCUUGACCAACGUAAAUCUGAAAAUGCUGAGCUCAGCCGCACAAAAGAGAAACUGAGUGCCCGCGUGGAAGAGCUCGAGGGUCAAAUUGCAGACUUACAAGAACAGGUUGAUGCUGCUCUUGGUGCCGAGGAUAUGGUUGAGCAGCUGGCAGAUAAAAAGAUGAAUCUGGAAGAAAAAGUUGCUGCUCUCAUGGAGGAAGUUACAGAACUAGAACAGCUUGUUGACAUGAAUGAGCAAUUAGCUGAGAGCGCCCGGGAAUUGGAAGUGGAGCUUCGAGAAGAGGCUGACCUUGCUAGAGCAGGAAUGAGGGAAGCCCACAGGGACAAAGAAGCUGCCUUGGAAACUUUAGCUGAUAGGGAACAAACCAUCAGUAAAUUUAGAGAAGUCGUUCAAAAGUACCAAGAGCAGUGCCAAGAUCUCCAGGCACAACUAGAACGAGAAUCUGAAAGACCUGUUAGCAAAUUACCUGAAAUGCUUGAUUUCAAGAAAAUGUUUGCUGAGUCAAAGGCUCAUACUCGUGCAAUUGACCUAGAACUGAGACGCAUUGAGGUUCAGGAGUCAAAUCAACACGUUGAAUAUUUAACUGGAUUUAUGCCAGAUAGUUUUAUGAGUCGUGGAGGUGAUCAUGAUGCUGUGCUUCUCUUGCUAAUGGUACCUCGUUUGCUUUGGAAAACUGAGGUUCUACUCAAUCAAGUGAAAGAAAAGUUUCCUAAUGUUGAGACUAUUGACAAAGCAAGUCUUCUCCGUGGUCAUACAGUUGAACAGUAUGCUUUUAGAUGUAGACUAUCUCAUCUUUUCUUUAAUGCCCAGUGUGUUCUUCAUCAAUUCGCUCAUGCUUUAAACUCAUGUUCUGCUCCAACAUUACUGAAAGUUGCUGCAGCUUAUCCUGAUAUGGCUGUGCAGGAAAAAGCAAUUGACCACUUUUUAGAACUCCUUCGUAAAGACCAGCUGGAUGAGAAUGUUAACCUGGAAGGCUUGGAGCGCUGUAUCAACUACUUCUGUACCAUGUAUCCCAUUCUCUUAGGCAGUGAGGUUAAGAUCAAUCAGAGUCAGCUGAUUACUGAUAUUUCAAAAUCCCUUACUGCUGCAUCUGAUUGCCUUCGUACAGAUGCCUCUGCCAUUUUGGCUCUUUCAAAGGCUAGUGAUGGAGGUGACAUGGCGGCACUUGCUACCCAUAUGAUUGCUGUAUCAGAAGCUUUGGCAGCUCAACUAAAAACAGCAAGGAGAAGAAUUCCCCAGGGCCAGCAGGAAGGGGCCAUUUUAAAUAUGGGUCUAGAAAUGGGUCUUGCGGCUGCUCUUCAAGACUGCUGUGUUAAUCAUGCCACACGAGUAACUCGCCUUGUGCGCGAUGUUGUUAGAUCAGCGCUCUCUUCUCUUUCAAAUGCUGGAGAUGCUGAUAUUGGCCUGUCUGAGUUGAAGCUGAGGGAACUUGUAACGGCUGCUUCAAGCAAAUGCCUUGAGCAAGAAGAGGGAGGACCCGGACCUGUUGAUAGCCUUCGUAGUGCUUUAGAAUUUGUUAGUCAACAAGUAGCAUCCUUAGUUCAAAUUCUGCAAGACAACGAUUAUGAGGCAGGAAUGCCAAUUAAACCAGAGGAAAAACCUGUUCCCCCGAUUCAACUACGUGCUAAAGCAGUAAGAACUGAACUUGAGGAAACAAAGAUGUUGUCCUCAAAAUUAGAAAGUAAAGAAGCUGACAUCAAAGAACUGCGCCUUGCUUUGAAGGCAAAACAAGAAGAAAUGAGUGAAUUGCAACUGCGUAGAGACAUGGCAGAGCGUAAAUUGGAAGUUUCCACCAAAGACUCUACCAUUUCCAAUGAGAAGCUGCAGCGGAAAUUGGAGGAUGCACAAGCUAUGCUCAAACGCAAAGAAAAGGAGUUUGAAGAAACAAUGGACCACUUGCAAGCUGAUAUUGACUCUUUGGAAUCUGAGAGGGGAGAACUGAAAGAGAAGCUCAAGAACAUGACCAAAAAAGCGAUUGCUGAUACCAAGAGUGCCUCUGCUCCUAGCCCCACUCAUAGUCCAGUUUCGCCAGAUGCUGGGCACAGCAUUUCAGUUGGAAAUGAAUCUCCAUUUUUACUACAAGAAAUCAACACACUACGUCUUGCUCUCAGAAACCAACGCAAUGAGAAUGUGCGUCUGCAGUCUCAACUCUGUAAAGAUAAAUUGGACUCUCUGACUCCACUCCCAGCACCCAAAUCUAUUGACAACAGAGAUAAAGUUUCUGACUCAAUGAAGCGACUUGAUGAUCUAUCCCGGAAAGCCUCUUCGUUGUGGAAGGAUGUGCAUGAGGCAUGGGUUAUGCCUAAAGUCGUGGAUAUCACAAAGAAGACUAAGAGUCAAACCACUUUAUCAAAUCAGCUUAUUGAAGAAAACUCUCGCAUGAAAAAGUUGCAGCUGAGAACUCAAGAGCUACAGGCGGCAAUUUUAACUGAAGCUGUAAGUAGAAGACCUGGGCUGAAAGCAGAUGCUGAUUUUGCAACAUUCCCUUCAAAAGAAAUGUCAAAGGCUUUGAAAGAAGAUAAUUCUAUUGAGAUUGGAUGGGUAAAGAUUCCUUAUGAUGGACCUGUUCCACCUAAUGAAAGGAAUGUCACUGUUGUGCUUGAUGAUCAGUCCCUAAGUUUACUUCAGAGGAAGCUUGUUGGAUUGGCGUAAGUGUAACAUUUUGUGAUAAUGUAAUUGUACUUUAAAUUAUGGCACAGACAGUCCAUCAAUCAUUUUGCUUGGGAAAAUUAAGUUUGUAACAAUUUUGUCUUUGCUUAGUUCAUAUUGACAUUAAAAUGUUAAAUAUGCAGUGUUUUAACAUAUCUGUGAUAAAGUGCAAGGAACAGUUCUGGCCCAAAUAAUUAAGCUUUUCAUUUUUAGCCUUUAUUGUUUAUUAUUUAAUCCUAUGAAUUUUAUAAAGUUAUAAUUAAUAUUUAUGGCUCCUGUAACUAUUGUGUUUGAGGCUAUUUUAAGACCAGUUUUGAUCCAUGUAUGUCCUCUUCAACGUCAUUAAAUAAUGCUGUUUCAUGUA